AUGUACCAAGAUCUAGUUGACAAGCCCAUGCCCUUCAAAAUAGUUGAGUGUCAUAGGUAUAAUGAAAUGAAUGGUGCAAUGGUGAUUGCUACGGAAACAAUCAACAAAGGCACAUACAUAUACCCAUUAAGUGGACAACUAUAUCCAGUAACUCAAAAUUUUAUAAAACCUGGCGUUAACGAUUUCUCCAUAGUGACGUCUUACGUUAACCGAAGAGAUUACAUGUUCCUAGGUCCCAUCAGCUUCAUCAACCAUGAUUGCAAGCCAAACGUCGAAUGGCACAGCAGAUCAAAAACUGAAACAUGUGUCAAAGUAAUAUCGAAUGUCCACAAAGGCCAAGAGCUGAAUGCCUUUUAUGGUCACCAUUACUUUGGCAUAAACAACUCCGAAUGCCUUUGUCGGACAUGUGAACUUAAUGAACGUGGUUCGUUCUCAAAAAAAACAUCGUCGACAAGCCAUGGAAAACGAAAACAAGAGACUAAUGAUGAUAAUGAUGUUGAUGAUGAUGAUGAUGAUGAAGACGAUGAUGAUGUUGAUAAUGAUGAUGACGAUGAUGAUGAUAAUUCAGAUGCUAAUAAACCUUACAAAUUUGUAGAAUGUGAUGUGGAACUUGAAAGUGUUGGACAAAUAUCUGAAAAUGAUUUGAACAAUAUUUUAGACUCAGAAGAUGGACAAGACACAAAUAAUAUAUACACCGAAAAUAAUAUAUCUUCUGAUGUUAGUACAUCUACAGUUGUGGAAUAUGAUGUGGGACUUGAAAGUGUUGGACAAAUAUCAGAAAAUGAAUUUAAAAGUAUUUUAGACUCAAAACAAGAUGGACAAGACAAAAAUAAUACAUAUACUGAAAAUAAUAACUCUCCUAAUGUUAGCACUUCUACAGGUAUACACUAG